GGGGCUGGAGUCGCACGAGAAAAAACCAAAAUCGGCCGAGAGGAGCCCAAAAAAAUCCAAAUUCGGCCGGGGACAGGAGCAGAGGCUCCGCAGCGAUGGCGCCGCCCCAGUUCUUGGCGCUCCUGGUGCUUGGUGCCGGAAUUUUGGCAAUUUCGGGAAUUUCAGCGGUGCCAGCCCCGGGAAGGAGCCGCGCGGAGCUCCCUGCUCCCGCCCGGCCCCUCUCCCGCUCCCGGCGCUCCGAUCCCGCCCGUUCCUGGCUGCGCUGGGUCCCGUUCCAGGGCCAGCUCCCUCCCGACGCCGUGUCCAGCUGGAACCGCCACUCCGGCCGCGCCGAGUUCGUCUGCUCCACCCGCGCCCACGACUGCAACCUGGGCUCCUUCGACCCCGAGCGCGGCCCCUUCUGCUUCUACCCCUGGAACGAGGGGGAGCGCCACAGCUCCGAAUUCCAGCUCCUGGUCAACCCCGGCGGCUUCGAGGCGCUGGACUGGGUGGCCACGUCGUUCGGCAGCACGCCGGAGGGCGCGGUGGAGGGCUGCCCGCUGAUCGACCUGUUCGUGGGCCGCAGCCCCGACGGGCUGGGCAAGGCCUCCAAGGAGCAGCAGGCGCUGUUCGUGGCCGUGGACGGCGAGGAGAUCUGGUACAAGUGGUACGAGAUCCUGGUGGUGCGCCAAGGCCCGGCCGACGUCUCCAUCGCCAACGUGUCCUACAACGGCAGCGCCGCGCUGGACAGCGCCGAGCCCGCGGAGCUGGCCGAGGUGCUGACAAGCAACGACGCCUGCGAGGCCACCGCCAAAUUUGUCACCUUGGAGGAGGCCACGGAGGUGGAGCGCGGUUGGAGCGCCGAGCUGCCGGCGUUGGCGGCCGCCCGCGGGGUUCUACGAGCGGCUCCGUUGGUUCUCACCGAUUCGGGAGGGUGGCAUUUGGGAGAAGUCACCACCGUGCCGUGGGCGGGCGGUGCCAGCUCCGGCGAGUUUGUGUCGCGCGAGCACCGCGUGCGCCAGGAGAUCCCGGCGCGCUCCGAGUGCGCCGUGGUUCUGCGCGGGCUCCGGCGCCAGAUCCGCGUCCCUUCUCGGCCUGGCUCACCCGGGAAUUCCGCUCGGGCAGCCAGCACCGCGUGCCCAUGGCGGGAUGGGCGCGGAGCGUCGCCGUCACCGACGUCCGCGCUGACCUGGAGCGCUGCCGCCCGCUCGCCGGGCUCCUGCCGUGCCCGAAUUGAGGGUGGGAAAAUUGCUGGAAUUCUGGUUUCCCCCCCACCAAAAAAAAAAUCCCCACAAAUUCCUGGAAUUUCUCAGCUUCCCCGCGGUGUUUACGGCAUAAAUUUCACCCAAAACGCAGCAAAAUGUCGUUUUCUGUCCGCAUUUUGGGUUUUUUCUCCCCAAAAAUCCAACAGCACCCAGAACCCUUGGGUUUCAGGGAUCUUUUUCCCCUGAUAUUUUUUGGGUUUGUGGUGUAACCUCCAUCCCUGUCUGGAAGAAA